GAUAAUAACAAAUCUACCUCGUAACUAUCAGAAGACCCACUUCUUUACUCCAAGAAACUGCUUUUCGAACGAACUCCUUCAAUGCAGUGCAGGGCUGCUUUAUCUCUUUGAUGAAAAAGAGUUCGCUGAGCCUAUCACCUGCUGAUGUCUCGACACUCCUGGAAGGUGGUCAUCACAGUGUCGCAUAUCUUUGCAAGCAUGCAGUGGCUCACUGUAAUGGCGACAGUAAUGCUCAACGUAGUCAACGCACAGAUGAUGCGGCAAUGCACGUGUAAUGAAAUUGAGCCUUGCACUCACGUAACUGCCGACACUACUCUUCACUGCAUGGAUCAGUGUCAGCGACACGCCAAUGAAGUGGGUUUGUCGCUUACAGCGGUACAACAAUGUUUCAAUCAAGUGUGCGGACCCGUGGAUAGUUUGAUCAGAUGUAUGAAAGGCAGCGUAUUUACCCAAUCAUGUGCUAAAGGUAAUCCGAUAAGGGUGCCGAAGAGAUACAUAGAGACGUUCAAGGUUGCGCUGUUCAAUGAAAUGAAUAACGUGCUGACGAAAUCUGGCGUCAAAAACCAGGUGAUGGCGUUUUUGAAAACUGGAAAGAAAUUUGCGUCCUGCACCUUGAACUGUGGCCAGCGAACAUUUGGUGAAUGCCAAAAACGACAUAAUUGCGGACUGUCCUUGCCGUCUGACGCGAUUUUGGUUCAAAGAUUGAAGCAGUGCAUGCUAUCAUCCGGACUUGGUACCACUGGUGUUCAGAAAAUUUGUUUCUGUUUAGCAAACUCCGGGGCGCGGCAACUGGCUGGUGUUUGCAACCGUCUCGUAAUGACUUAGACUGUGGUCAAGUGAUAAUCGUUCUUCUACGUCAGUUUUUUUAAAAACAUUUCUCAGUUGUUUACUGCAAUAAAUC